GUUCGAGCAAAACAAUCCCAGUCAAGUUAAUUAAGACAUUAAGACAUCUGAGCAGAUCCUCUGGAUUCAUGCUUCUGGUGGUUUGUCUUCUGUGAAAGAAAAGAAAAGUUGUUGAUGUUUUCGAUUUCCAAAGAGUGCCUAGAAAGAGGUAGCCUGUCCCCGCCUGAUCCGGGGGAUUUAGCGGCAUGCCCUCCUCGAAAGUGAUUUGGUCCGAUCAUCAGACCUUCCUGCUCCACGGCAUCCGUCAUCUGUGGAUCACGGGCGAGGGUAGUGAUUUCCACAUCAAAUGUGGUGCCCGCGAAUUCGCCGUCCACAAAAUGGUGCUGAAUUUGUUCACCGACUACUUUCAAGACACGGACGGUCUCUGGCUCCGGAUCGAAAUGAACCCGGUCAUUCUAGAGAAGAUUCUGACCUUUCUCUAUUACGGUCAAGUUAACAUUCAAUACGACGAGAUGGAAACUUUUCUGCGCUCUUGUCGAUUGCUCCAGAUACGCCUCUUUCAGGAGGAGUCCUCACUGAAUCCAUUAUCGUCCUCUUCCUCCUCGCCCUCCGCGUCGCCGGCUUCUUCUUCCGUCUUACAUCCCAUGGCCCUCACCAAGGUCCCACAGGCCACGCAGCCCACAGAGCCCGCACAGCCUGCAGAGUCCACAGAGCUCUACGAGCGAUACGAGUUGUCCGACUUCCAAUUGGUGUGUCGAUCGUGCUACAAAGUAUUCCCCGAUGAUAAGGCCAUGAAGAAGCACAAGUGGGGCUGCGGUCGGAAGGCCACAUUUGCCUGCCGUUUUUGUCAUCGAGCGUUCAAGCAUAAGUUUGUGCUCACGGAUCACGAGCGGCGUCAUACGGGUGAAAAACCGCACGCAUGCACGGCUUGCCCCCUGACUUUUAGUCUUAAGUCUUCCUUGACGAAUCAUUUCGAGGCCAAGCAUAUGAAUGUUCAGUUCCCUUGUCCGGAAUGCGAUUAUGUGUUGAACUCCAAGUCAGCCCUCAAGAAUCACCUCCGCAUCAAGCACGCCAAAGAGCGGCCCUUUUCGUGCCAGCAAUGCGGGGCAUGUUUCGCUUUUCGAUGUGAUUUGACAGCGCAUGUCAAAUUGAAGCACGCCAAUUUCCUGAAAACCAAGACCGUGCCCGAAAGAGAUCCGGCUACCAUUCUCAAACCCGCCGAGCGUCAAUAUCACGGCCAAAAGCUGAUCCAGUCCAAGGGCUUUUGGAAGAUGUACAUCGGUCCCUUGCGGGUCAAAUGCUUCUUUUGCCAACACGUCAUGCUUCGCCAGUCCCUGGGGCGUCAUUUCAAGCAGGUCCAUCCCGAUGAGAAGGUGACUAAGCCCAUGCUCACCGAACUAGACCAAAGGUUAAAGACCAUGGCAUUGGAACGGAAAAGGGCUCAAGCUCAGGGGGGACUAGGUCUCCCGGGGGAGGACCUGAAAACGACCAAUAGUCCUGAAAUAUUCACUCAUGUCGACGAUAUAGUGAGUCUGAUCAAUCGCUUAUAUUAGAGCGAAAUCAAGCAAUAAAUAAGGCCAGGAUCCUAAGAUGGCUAGGUGACCUA